AUGUGGGUCCGGUUGCAUCUUGAUAACGAGGAGCAGGCUGCUCUAUCCGUGGCUUCUGCGCCCACGACUGCUGAAUUUUACGAGAACAAUGUCAUUGGCCGGGCCUGCUCUCCUUUGGCCACGAGACACGAAAUUGACAACCCAGACCUGCUGGCUGUGGCUCGGAAACACAAAAGAACCUGUGGCCACAUCCUGAAUGCGUGGUUCGGGCAAGAAGACGACAGAUUUCCAGACGGAGCCCAAUCAUCGCGUAUUCGACAUCAAGCUAUCAAUUGGCCACCUGAUACGUGUACAAGAACCUGGCCGGCACUUCACUACAGGCUGGGACCCUCCGGUGUACGCACUAGACAACGAGAAAUAUCUGCGACAUAA